AUGGCAACUCUUAAUGAAAAACUGAUUGUACCAGUUGUAGAAGAAGAGGCAUCAGUUCCAAAUAAUAAGAUCACUGUAGUGGGUGUUGGACAAGUUGGUAUGGCUUGUGCCAUCAGCAUUCUGGGAAAGUCUCUGGCUGAUGAACUUGCCCUUGUGGAUGUUUUAGAAGAUAAACUCAAAGGAGAAAUGAUGGAUCUGCAGCAUGGGAGUUUAUUUCUUCAGACACCUAAAAUUGUAGCAGAUAAAGAUUACUCUGUGACUGCCAAUUCAAAGAUUGUGGUGGUAACUGCCGGAGUUCGUCAGCAAGAAGGGGAGACUCGUCUCAAUCUGGUACAGAGGAAUGUGAAUGUCUUCAAAUUUAUUAUUCCUCAGAUCGUCAAGUACAGUCCAGACUGCAUCAUAAUUGUGGUUUCCAACCCAGUGGAUAUUCUUACAUAUGUUACCUGGAAACUAAGUGGAUUACCCAAGCACCAUGUAAUUGGAAGUGGUUGUAACCUGGAUUCUACUAGAUUUCGCUACCUUAUGGCUGAAAAACUUGGCAUUCAUCCCAGUAGCUGCCAUGGAUGGAUUGAAAAUAAAGGACUACAAGCCCAACCCCCAUCCCCAUGUGCAAACGCGAAUGGUGAUCUAAGUGCUGCUCAGCUCCGCAGAAAUUACCGAAGCCAAGGGACAGAGAUGUCCAAAAUCAUUUGGCUGGCCCAACUAGCACAGCUAACUUUUCCUGCUAAGCGGCUAGGACACCGAGUCCCUACGUGA